AUGGAGCUGGGGGCGGCCGGGAUGCGGCGGUCGGCGUCGCACAACUCGCUGUCCGGGUCCGAUGACUUCGACCUCACACACCUGCUCAACAAGCCGCGGAUCAACGUCGAGCGCCAGCGCUCCUUCGAUGACCGUUCGCUCAGCGACGUCUCCUACUCCGGUGGCCACGCCAGAGGAGGCGGAGGCUUUGACGGCAUGUACUCCCCGGGCGGCGGUCUACGCUCUCUGGUCGGCACGCCGGCCUCCUCGGCGCUCCACUCUUUCGAGCCCCACCCCAUAGUCGGCGACGCCUGGGAGGCCCUCCGCCGCUCCCUCGUCUUUUUCCGCGGCCAGCCGCUUGGUACCAUCGCCGCUUUCGACCAUGCAUCCGAGGAAGUCCUAAACUAUGAUCAGGUGUUUGUGAGAGAUUUCGUGCCCAGCGCCAUGGCAUUUCUGAUGAAUGGCGAGCCGGAGAUUGUCAAGAACUUCCUGCUCAAGACCGUGUUGCUGCAGGGUUGGGAGAAGAAGGUUGAUCGGUUUAAGCUUGGCGAGGGGGCCAUGCCUGCAAGCUUUAAAGUGCUUCAUGACGAUAAGAAGGGUGUUGAUACCCUGCACGCGGAUUUUGGUGAGAGCGCAAUUGGGCGGGUUGCACCAGUGGAUUCGGGCUUCUGGUGGAUCAUACUAUUGCGGGCCUACACAAAGUCCACGGGGGAUUUGACUCUGGCAGAGAGGCCGGAAUGCCAGAAGGCGAUGAGGCUCAUUCUGAGCCUGUGCUUGUCUGAGGGAUUUGAUACCUUCCCGACAUUGCUAUGUGCUGAUGGUUGCUGCAUGAUAGAUCGUAGGAUGGGUGUGUAUGGCUACCCCAUUGAAAUUCAAUCCCUUUUCUUCAUGGCACUAAGGUGUGCUCUUCUAAUGCUUAAACAUGACGCUGAAGGGAAAGAUUUUGUGGAGCGGAUUGCAACUCGUCUUCAUGCUUUAAGUUAUCACAUGCGGAGUUAUUUUUGGCUAGAUUUCCAGCAGCUAAAUGAUAUUUAUCGUUACAAGACGGAAGAAUAUUCUCAUACAGCUGUCAACAAAUUUAAUGUUAUUCCAGAUUCUAUUCCGGACUGGCUAUUUGAUUUCAUGCCUUGCGAGGGUGGUUUUUUUGUUGGUAAUGUUAGUCCUGCAAGGAUGGACUUCCGUUGGUUUGCACUUGGAAACAUGAUUGCCAUAGUGUCAUCUCUUGCUACACCUGAGCAAUCCAUGGCCAUAAUGGAUCUCAUUGAGGAGCGCUGGGAAGAGUUAAUUGGUGAGAUGCCUCUGAAGAUAUGCUAUCCUGCUAUUGAGAACCAUGAAUGGCGUAUCGUGACGGGAUGUGAUCCAAAAAAUACGAGAUGGAGUUACCACAAUGGAGGAUCUUGGCCAGGUUAUUGCACUUUGUGUUACUUGGAUCUCUUACUUCUCUGGCUGCUCACGGCAGCAAGCAUCAAAACUGGACGGCCGCAAAUUGCAAGAAGAGCAAUUGACCUAGCUGAGAGGAGGCUGUUGAAGGAUGGCUGGCCUGAGUAUUACGAUGGUAAGCUUGGAAAAUAUGUUGGUAAGCAGGCAAGGAAAUUUCAGACUUGGUCCAUUGCCGGGUAUUUGGUCGCCAAGAUGCUGCUGGAGGAUCCUUCGCAUCUUGGUAUGAUAGCCUUGGAAGAGGACAAGGCAAUGAAGCCAGUUUUGAGAAGGUCCGCCUCAUGGACAAACUGA